AGUCAUUCGGCACGCCACGCUAUCGCAUCUAAUAAUUAACAACAAUGAACAACACGACUAAUCCUAGGUACUAGGUACCUAUGUAAUUGCAGCAUGUCGAGAUAUAAAAAUUCAAACAAAGCGGGAAUAAAAAAAUUCCACCAAACCCAUCCAUCUGUUCAUACUAUGAAUUGAAUGAAGAUGACCUCGUUUGAAAGUUUGUUUGAGUCCGCAGUAAAUGACGGUACCGCGCCCGGAAUCGUCGUAAUCGCCAAAGAUAAGGAUGGCAAAGUCGAUAUCUCUAAAGCGUUCUCGUCUAAAAAUGGAACGCCAUAUACCCUAGAUACGGUUAUGGAGUUAUCCUCUAUGACCAAGUUCCCUACAUCAAUUGCCGCAUUGCAGCUCGUCGAGCGAGGUCUUGUCACUCUCGACGAGGAUUUAUCUAAUCUCCUCCCAUCCUUCUCCAGCCAAGGUAUUUUUAUUUCGGUAGCCGAUGAUGGGACUCCGACCGUUCGCAAACGACAGAACCCCAUUACAUUGCGUCACCUAAUCACGCAUAGUUCCGGCGCCGGUUACAACUUUCUUCACGAGGGCCUUGGGAAGAUUCGAGCUGCUCAGCGGAAAGCGGGCCCUAGUGUUACUGUCGAUGAAUCCUUCAACCUCCCCCUUUUGUUUGAGCCAGGGGAAGGUUGGGCAUAUAGUACUGGCCUCGAUCGAGUUGGUCAAGUUGUCGAGAAACUAAGUGGCAUGUCUCUAGAUGAGUACAUGAGAAAGAAUAUUUGGGAACCUCUUGGAGCCGAAAGCUCCGUCUUUCUCCCGGACCAGCAUCCCAGUAUCAACGCCCGUCGAGUGUCCAUGGCUUUUCGCAAGGAUCCGGAAGGACCCGCCGUUGAAAAGCCCGAAAUCCCAACUGUCACUACGGGGUUGAAAGUGCCAUUUGGCGGACACGGCCUAUUCUCAACUAUGCCGGACUAUUUCAAGUUGGUUUACUCCCUGCUUAUGGAUGAUCAGAAGCUGUUGAAGAAGGAAACCGCGGCGUUGAUCUUCCAACCUCAAUUAACGCCCGCGAGCAAAGAGGAAUUGAACAAAUUCAUGGAAACUCCUGAAAUGAAGAUAACCUUCCCCUCUCCCCCUAACGACUACGACUUUGGAUUAGGUGGACUCCUCAUCGUGGGAGAAGCCCAUCCGUAUUGGCGAAAGGGGGCAUUGAUGUGGGGUGGUGCCGCGAGUCUCAACUGGUUUGUUGAUCGCUCUGCUGGGAUAUGUGGCGUAUUUGGUGCUCAGGUUCUACCUUCCGACUCAAGGAUGAGGAAACUGAUUGAUACUUUCCAAGCUGAUGUCUAUCGGAUGGCGGGUAAACUGACAUGAACAGUCUUGAGUUAUGAUAGUUGCAUAUCUUCGAACCUUGGAUUUUAGAUAGUACAUAUAGCUUUGAUUGAACGAAGAUAAAGGGUUGCAAAAGGAGAGGGCUGCUAGCUACCUAGUGCAUGUAGACAUGGUUCUCAAAUCAUAUGCUUCUUUGUUGAUACAACAACUUCUUUCGAGUCUCGUCCUCUAUUCAAUAAUAUUCCAUCGUUCGUUUCUA